GGGGUUUUGUGCGGCGCCCGGCGGGCCGGCGCCCUCUUCCGCGCGACCUGCAGGCCCAGCCUCUCCUCGCGCCCGCGCAGUCCCCGCCGCAGUCUCAACUGCAGCAGCAGGACCAAGCCGUGGAUCCCGAGGAGACCCCAGGAAGAGGCGGCAAACUUGGCAGUGCCGCCCUCAUCCCAGCCCUUGGGAAGUAUCUUCAUCAGCCUGCAGCAUGGCCUCACCCCUUCUGGCAGGCCUGCUGACAGCCCUGGCCCUAACCCAGGUCCCUGCAGUCCUCGCUGAUGUCCUGGAAGGGGACAGCUCAGAGGACCGCGCCUUCCGCGUGCGUAUCGCCGGCGCCGCGCCGCUGCAGGGAGUGCUGGGAGGCGACCUCACUAUCCCUUGCCACGUUCACUACCUGCGGCCGCCGCCGAGCCGCAGGGCGGUGCUGGGAUCUCCGCGGGUCAAGUGGACCUUCCUGUCCGGGGGCCGGGAGGCGGAGGUGCUGGUAGCGCGGGGGCUGCGCGUCAAGGUGAACGAGGCCUACCGGUUCCGCGUGGCGCUGCCUGCCUACCCCGCGUCGCUCACCGAUGUCUCCCUGGUGUUGAGCGAGCUGCGGCCCAACGACUCAGGAAUCUACCGCUGCGAGGUCCAGCACGGUAUCGAUGACAGCAGUGAUGCUGUGGAGGUCAAGGUCAAAGGGGUCGUCUUUCUCUACCGGGAGGGCUCUGCCCGCUAUGCUUUCUCCUUUGCGGUGGCCCAGGAAGCCUGUGCUCGGAUUGGAGCUCGCAUCGCCACACCAGAACAGCUCUAUGCUGCCUACCUAGGGGGCUACGAGCAGUGUGAUGCUGGCUGGCUGUCGGACCAGACCGUGAGGUAUCCCAUCCAGACCCCACGAGAGGCCUGCUAUGGAGACAUGGACGGGUUCCCUGGGGUCCGGAACUAUGGAGUGGUGGACCCAGAUGACCUCUAUGAUGUCUACUGUUAUGCUGAAGACCUAAAUGGAGAACUGUUCCUAGGUGCCCCUCCAGACAAGCUGACGUUAGAGGAGGCACGGGCAUACUGCCGGGAGAGGGGUGCAGAGAUUGCUACCACGGGCCAGCUAUAUGCAGCCUGGGAUGGUGGCCUGGACCGCUGCAGCCCAGGCUGGCUGGCUGAUGGCAGCGUGCGCUACCCCAUCGUCACACCCAGCCAGCGCUGUGGUGGAGGCCUGCCCGGUGUCAAGACCCUCUUCCUCUUCCCCAACCAGACUGGCUUCCCCAACAAGCACAGCCGCUUCAACGUCUACUGUUUCCGAGACUCUGCCCAUCCCUCUGCCAUCCCUGAGGUCUCCAACCCAGCCUCUGACCCAGGCUCUGAUGGACUAGAGGCCAUUGUCACAGUGACAGAGACCCUGGAGGAACUGCAGCUGCCUCAGGAAGCUAUGGAGAGCGAGUCCCGUGGAGCCAUAUACUCCAUUCCCAUCAUGGAGGAUGGAGGAGGUGGAAGCUCCACUCCAGAAGACCCCGCAGAGGCCCCCAGGACCUUAGAAUUUGAAACCCAAUCCAUUGUACCACCCACCGGGUCCUCAGACCAUGAAGACAAGGCAUUGGAGGAAGAAGAGAGAUAUGAGGAUGAAGACGAGGCAGAGGAGGAGGAAGAAGAGGAGGUGGAGGAGGAUGAGGACCUGUGGGCAUGGCCCAACGAGUUCAGUAGCCCUCUUCCCACUGAGCUGGAUGCAGAGGAGUCGCUGUCCCAGGCAUCCCCGCCAGCAAGGGCAGUCCUGCAGCCGGGUGCAUCACCACCUCCUGACGGAGAGUCAGAAGCUCCCAGGGUCCAUGGACCACCUACCGAGACUCUGCCCACUCCCAGGGAGGGGACCCUAGCAUCCCCACAACCUUCCACUCUGGUUGGGGUGAGAGAGGUCGGGGAGGAAAUUGGGGGUCCUGAGCUAUCUGAGGCCCCUCGAGGAGAGAGUGAAGAGACAGGGAGCUCCGAGGAUGCCACUUCCCUGCCUCCAGUCACACAGGCCCCUGAGGGUACCAGGGAGCUGGAAGUUCCCUCUGAAGAGAACUCUGGAAGAACUGUCCCUGCAGGGACCUCAGUGCAGGCCCAACCAGUGCUGCCCACUGACAGUGCCAGCCGAGGUGGAGUGGCGGUGGCCCCUUCAUCAGGUGACUGUGUCCCCAGCCCCUGCCACAAUGGUGGGACAUGCUUGGAGGAGGAGGAGGGGGUCCGCUGCCUAUGUUUGCCUGGCUAUGGGGGGGACCUGUGCGAUGUUGGCCUCCGCUUCUGCAGUCCGGGCUGGGACGCCUUCCAAGGCGCCUGCUACAAGCACUUUUCUACACGAAGAAGCUGGGAGGAGGCGGAGACCCAGUGCCGGAUGUACGGCGCGCACCUGGCCAGCAUCAGCACGCCGGAGGAACAGGACUUCAUCAACAAUCGAUACCGGGAGUACCAGUGGAUCGGCCUCAAUGACAGGACCAUUGAAGGCGACUUCCUGUGGUCGGAUGGCGUCCCUCUGCUCUAUGAGAACUGGAACCCUGGACAGCCUGACAGCUACUUCCUGUCUGGAGAGAACUGCGUGGUCAUGGUGUGGCAUGAUCAGGGACAAUGGAGCGAUGUGCCCUGCAACUACCACCUGUCCUACACCUGCAAGAUGGGCCUGGUGUCCUGUGGGCCCCCACCGGAGCUGCCUCUGGCUCAAGUGUUCGGCCGCCCACGGCUGCGCUAUGAAGUAGACACUGUGCUUCGCUAUCGGUGCCGGGAGGGGCUGGCUCAGCGCAACCUGCCACUGAUCCGCUGCCAGGAGAACGGUCUUUGGGAGCCCCCUCAGAUCUCUUGUGUGCCCCGUAGGCCUGUGAGUGCCAGGAGGAGGCAGGCCCGUGCUCUGCAUGCAGUGAAGAUCCCAGAAGAAUAUCAAGGAAGGCUGCCGGGGCGCUGGAAGGCACUGUGGACCCUUCCUUCCAGCCCUACAUCCGGUCCUGAAGGGAGAAAGCCUUGAAUACUGCUUUCCCCAGCACUGCCCUCUCACCUCAAAUGUCCCUGAGCUCUUCCCACCACAAGAAGUGACAACAUGAGGGGUGGAGCUGGAGCCCAGGUGACAGUGCCUGAAGGGCUUCUGGGAAAUAACCUGUGAGACUCCAGCCCAGCCCAGGCCCUCUCUCUCCCGCCUACCCUGGGCUUCAGGUUUAUCCCUCAGGGCAAUGGGUAAGUCCCUAAGUGCCUCAACUAUCCUCUCCCUGCCAGCUAUCCUAUUAUCCCCUCCAUUUCUCUAAAGGACACUGUGCCCACUCAUUCUUGGUUUUCAAAGGGAAGGGAUUUGCAGGAUGGAGUACCAUAAAACCAGCAAGAAAUAAAGAUGUGUU